GCGUAGGCAACGAUUGACUCGUAGACGGCAAGUUUUCGAAACAGCACAGGCUGAAUGUUUAUAGUGCGGCUCUUCAAUGUCCGCCGUCUGAUACCUUCGUUACAGACAGCUGCCCUGACCUCAUCUGUCCUUGCCGACCCCCCCAAGAUCAGCCGUGACCACGCCCUUCUCACAGACAGCCUCGACGGCCUCAAGAAGCUUGUUUCCGGGAUCUUCCCUCCCUAUCUGUCUGAGCCGAGAGUCUGCGCCAAUGCCCUUAACACGGUGAUUGCGGCGCCGAUGAAACUCGAGGCCAAUGCCGUCUGGCGGGGUUGGAUGCAAUGGAGAAAUUGGACUCUGGCUGGGCUAUGGAGGCCCAUUUCAAUGAUGCUGGACAAAUGCGGUAGUGUGAGGAGUUGGACCGACGAAAGCUAACAGGCACGGGGCGAAUUCCAGUCUCUCAAUAUUGCGCAUUUCUUGCAAGCAGUGUUAGGAC